GUUUCCCAUCGGGCCUUGCGGCGGCGCGGGCUGCGGGAAUGAGGUAAAGGCGGGAGGGGCGGGGGCGCGCGGCAGGAAGCGCGGCGGGCAGGCGGCGAGCGCAGCGCGGCGGGCCCGGCCCCAUGGCGGACACCAAGGAAACACAUGAGGAGCAUGAUACUUCUACUGAAAAUGCAGAUGAUUCUAACCAUGAUCCUCAGUUUGAGCCCAUAGUUUCCCUUCCUGAGCAAGAAAUAAAAACUCUGGAAGAGGAUGAGGAAGAGCUCUUUAAGAUGCGGGCUAAGCUGUUCCGAUUUGCGUCUGAAAAUGAUCUUCCCGAAUGGAAAGAACGAGGAACUGGUGAUGUAAAACUCCUGAAACACAAGGAGAAGGGAACAAUUCGUCUGCUCAUGAGGAGGGAUAAAACCCUAAAAAUUUGUGCAAAUCAUUAUAUCACGCCCUUAAUGGAGCUGAAGCCUAACGCUGGGAGCGACAGGGCAUGGGUGUGGAACACACACGCUGACUUUGCAGAUGAAAGCCCCAAGCCUGAACUUCUGGCAAUCCGAUUUUUAAAUGCAGAGAAUGCUCAGAAAUUCAAGGCAAAAUUUGAAGAAUGCAGGAAUGAAGUAGACAAGAGAGCAAAGAAAGCAGGCACAGACAAAAAUGAUAGUGCUGAUAAAGUUGCUGAAAAACUAGAAGAGCUUUCUGUAAAGGAAGAGAGCAAAGAAUCUGAGAAGAAAGAGACCAAGGAAAAAGCUGAAGAAAAGCAAUAAAUCAUCCUGGGCCUUGCAGUUUUUCCUUUACACUUUUUCUUUUUCCCUUUUUUUGUUGUUUUUUUGUUUUGUUUUGUUUUUAAUUUUUACAAGGGACUUUAUACAGAACUGAAUUCAACAUUCAGGUUGUUUUUUCUAAGCUUUUGCCCUCUUGAAGAUGUCUUGAGAAAAUCCAUUCCCCAGUCAUGAAAAUGUACUGUGCUAACUUUCUUUUCCAUAGUGGAAAAGAAACUUAUUUAUAGUCAUCCAAAAGAGUGAAUAAAAUAAACUUGAAAACAGCAUCAGAGGACAGAAUCAAGUUUUCUAUAUACUUUAAAGGCUUAUGAAUACACUUGUUUCAUUGGGUGUUGAGAUACGUAUCAUCAUACCUGUGGAUUAACUAGGUUAACAGACUUCACCAACAGGGAAGAUUAAGAUUGCAUCCAUGUUUCUUAUAUGGCUUCUAAAACUGUAAUAUAACAGACCUUUCACACUUGCUGCUGUGUGUUCCUGAGCAGGGAAUGUGCCUGUGGUUCUUGAAAUACAGCUGACUUCUGGAAUUGGGUGAUAGAGCAUUCCAGGCAUACUAUUAAUGAUGAUCCGUCAGACAGUGAAAAUAAGAGUGGGAGAGAAAAUUGAUUACGUGAGACUUGAGAAGUAUUUUCCUCUUACAAAACAAAAUAUUCCCCCAACCCCCAAUUUGUUAAUAUUGCAAAUGCUUGACCAGCACAAAGUACUUGUUGCUGUGGUCCCAGGUCUUCCAUGGCGUGCUACUGGCUGACGGAAGGCAGCAGCAGCCGGUUACGGUGUAUACAAAGGAAUCUUAACUGAGUACCUUACUAUGAGAUUCCCCAUGUCAGCAUAUCAUAAAAGUUAUUUUCUAAACCUUAGAAGCUUUUUUCCAGGGCUCUGGAGCUUGCAUUGUUUUUAGAAACUGGGAGGGGUUCUGAGCUUUUAAGUUGCAUGGUGGGAGGCUGUCCCUCUUUGAGAGUGGCAGUCUGACUGUUCACUUUGGAACAGUUAGUUAGGUUGUACACCCUUGAGGGGCACUUUCCUUGCCAGAAUGAGCAAAUUGAUCAAAUCUCUUCCCUGCAAGUGUUUUCUGUUUAUCCAGCUUCAAGUUAGUGCUAAAGAAUAGGAAAAUAAACUAUAGUAAACAAUAAAAUCGCAUUUUUUUUUUUGUCUGGAUAGAUUAAUUGGAUUUCAUUGUUAAUCACUAAUACAAGAAUAGUGUUAGGAUAGCAAUGGAAUUCUGUAAUACUGUUUCCAAAAUGGUUACGAAAACUGGGCAGAACUUGCUAAACUUUAAGACUGUAUGAUGUUAACAUUGGAGAGCAAGACCUUUUCAUCUUCAUAAAGAGGCUUUCCAAAGUAGGUCAGGCUCUGCAGUCUACCUGAGGAGAAUAUAUUUUUUUAAAAAAUCUUGUAUUUCUACUUGGCACUGCCUUUCAAUGCUACAAUGAAUUAGUCAAAUCUGGAACUGUAAUUAAGGUACUCACUUCAUUCAAACUAGAGUAAUUCCUUUGGUGUUGUGCAUGUUUCCCUUCAAGUACAGCAGAUAUCAAAAGUCUGUUAAUUAACAAAAAUGGUUGAAAGGCAAAAUAAAAUGCUCUUCGGUGUUUCUGGUUUGGAAAUAACAAGACAAAGCUAUUCUGAAGUACUUAACAUUUGAAUGUAAAAGCCAAAUCUUUAUCCAUGAGUCACUGUGAAGUCUCUGAUCUGAUGUCAAAGUGUGUCUAAAUUGAUAGAAAUUACAUUUUAAAAUUUCAAAAUAAAUAUAAAUUUUCAUUUUGA